AUGAGUGCGAACAACGGGAACGCCGUCUCUCCCCAACCGGUCGUAAUGGUGACCAACAACGGGGUCCGCGAGCCGGACGGCGACGCCAUUAAGAUGUUUGUCGGACAGAUCCCACGCGAUUGGAGUGAAUCCGAUUGUCGCAGACUUUUCGAGGAGUUCGGCGAAAUCCACUCAAUCAAUGUGUUGCGAGACAAGCAGUCCGGACAGAGUAGGGGCUGUUGUUUCGUGACGUACUACACGCGCCGGUCGGCCCUCCAGGCGCAGGACGCCCUCCACAACGUGAAGACCCUGACAUCGAUGCACCACCCAAUCCAGAUGAAGCCCGCCGACUCCGAGAACAGGAAUGAACGCAAACUCUUCGUCGGCAUGUUGUCCAAGAAGUACACCGAAUCGGACGUACGGCUCAUGUUUGCCGCCUAUGGAAACAUCGAGGAGUGCACUGUCUUGAGGGACACCAACGGCCAGAGCAAAGGCUGUGCUUUUGUCACCUUUUCGACCCGUCAGUGUGCCAUCAAUGCCAUCAAAGCCAUGAAUCACUCGCAAACAAUGGAAGGCUGUUCGUCGCCUCUUGUGGUGAAGUUUGCGGACACACAACGAGAUAAAGACGCGCGAAGGCAGCAGCAGAUACUGAUGCAACAGUUGUGUCACUCAUCGCAGCCCAACCCGGCGGCGGCGACGUUAGCGGCGGCCGCAGCGAACCCCUACCUGGCACUGGCGGCCGCGGCGGCAGCUCAACAGCAACAGGUCCAGCAACAGGCGCAACAGCAACAGAACGCAUUGGCCGCGGCCGCCACUCUCGCCAUUCAGCAACAACUCGUCUCUUCGAUGAACNCUUUUAAACUACAUGUCUUGCACUAUUCCAAUUUCGAAGCAAUGUAA